AUGGGGUCCGGGUCGUCUCGGCCUGGUGAGGCCGAAGGAGGGAACGGGCUGUACGGUCCUCGAGACGCAACGGAACAAGUGGAGGCCUUUCUGUUUGCGGUUCAGCGGCUCGCCUCUUCCCAUUCAUCAGGGGAAAUGGAAACGGUUAAUUCUGAAGGUGAAGGUGUGAAUGACUUGGCGUGCUCGGAUGCAGGCGACCCUGCAACGGCCAAUCCCAAAACGUGUCCGUGUCCCUCUGCUUCCGCCGAGCUGCUUCCGUGUAAAGAGGACAUGUUACAGUGGGAUAACCUUCUCCUCUCUCUAGGGGAGUGCGGGGUUCGGCCGUUCUCCCUGUCAACUCCGUUUCUGUGGAACGAGUUGCUCCGCCCUCUUCUGUUAGGCAACCCCAGGAACGGGCAGCUGAAGGCGCUGUACCGCUUCUUCGCGCGCACUCUCCUUCGUUAUGCCGAGGCCGUUGAAUGCGUGCACAGGAGAAGCAGCUCCUCGCCUGCGUCGGCGCCUCUUCGCGCACAAGAAACAGCGCGGGAGGGCCCUUUCCCUGAAGCUGCCUCUGCCAAGGUUCCGAGGAGCGAGAGCCUGAAUGCAGUGGCGGCAUGCGAAGACCCGACCUCGGGUGAAACUGCGCUUCCUCCCCGUGUCGUUCUUUUCCCGUGCACCGACUUAUCCAUCGCCGAGCUCGCUCUUUUUCUGCGGAUCCUCACCAAGGCGUUGUGCACCAGACUGUCGCUCCCGCAGCUUCUGUAUCACCUCGAGUACGUCCCGUCGUCUCCGGGCGUCUCGCCGCUGUCUCCCGACUUGAGAGACGAACUGCUUGCUCUCUCGCAGACGUUCUUUGCCUCUUUGGGAUCCAAGAGGCAGCGGUCUUCACUGACUUCUCUUCAGCCCACACACAGCAGCGACGCAGUUCAAACCGCGCCUCCUAAUUCUUCGCAGUCCAAAAGCCGCCCUGAAGGGAGCGAAGAAGGCAAGGAGGAAGAACGAAAUGGAGGGACAGUGCCCGAGGCCGUUCAACGCGUGGCCUCACUGGAGUCGAAGCAGUCAGGCGAGAACGUCCUGUCGCCUAGCGAGGAACGUAAAUCGUCCGGGGACAGCCAGUCUGCCUUAUCUUCGUUUCCUUCUUUUCCUUCGUCUUCUCCCGUGGUGGGCGUGGCGGAUCCAGCCACCACGCCGACGACGACAGCGACGGUCGAAAGCCGCUCUGGAAUCUCCGAGCCAAGCAAGUGCGCGAGUUGCGCACCCGACGGCCCCUUUGUGGAGAGAAGCGCCAAGUCGCCGUCGUCGUCUCUGUCUUCUCCAGCCUUUUGUGCGUUUCUUCUGAGCUACCGAGGCGAGCAGAAGGUCUUUGCCGCCUCGCCCCUCAGGUCGCCGGAGCAGCUGCAACUCGAAAUCCUCACCUGGCUCUCGACCUCGUUCCCGGAGGAUGCCGUUGCUGCCCGAGGCAGAGGCUUCUUGUUUCGCGCGACUCUGCGAGCGCCUUCGUCUCCAGGAUCUGUGUCAGCCUCUGAAGAGAGAAACGCCGGCGCCGACCAGACGCGCGAAGUCUUCCUGUCCGUGAAUGAUCUGGCUUGUGUGCGCACGCUGAGUUCUGUGUUGACUCCCGUGAGGCUGAGAGAGCCAGGCGGGCGCAAAGAAGUAGACGGAAAAAGAACCUGUGGACGCUGCGGCGGCUCCAGGGCUGUGGGGUUGGAGACGAGCAGAGAUGGCGCGGCACCCGAAGGCCCCGCGGACGCCGGAGGCAGAACUGGAGGAACGAGAGACGAGAAGGGCGAAAAAGAGACGCGUUCAGAGGAAGAAAAGGGAAACGGAGAAAUGCAAGAGACACAUCCGGGCCGUAAACUUGCUUCGAUGUGUAGCUGUUCCUCAGCCUCCCACGCGGAGGGAGGCACGCACUACGCGCCGACGACUGUCCUCGUUGCUUGCCUCACAGUCGUUCCUCUAUGGAUCCCUCUCUCGCCGUCCACUUCAUCAGCUUCGGCCAGUUCUCCCGUCUCGACAGUCGGGGCAGUGCUAGACGGCAUUGUGAAGUUUCUCACAGUCGUCCAGCCGCCGUCCCCGUGUUGCUCGCCGAAUCUCCUCCGAGCGCACCAACACAUGCAAGAGCUCCUGUUGUGUCUCUUCGCCGUUGUCUGUCCCCUACAACUCACAGCUUCGUGUCUCCCGCGCACUGCCCUCGCCCCUCUCCCUUCGCGGCGAAAGAGGCCGUUGCAGCAGACUCCACACCCUCCGAACGCAGUGGGCCCCGAAGCGGCGGGCUGGGGAGAUGAGCAGGGAGACGGUGGCGGGGACAGCCACGGCUCUAUGGGGGCGAACGCAGUCACCGGAGACACCCGGGCGAUGCGCGCAAGGCAGGCACUCGAAGAGAGGAAGAACGGGUCGAGUGGGGCUCGAAACACGAGACAGCGACAGUUCGAGCGUCUCCUGAUUCCUCCGCUUUCCUCGCCCUGCGCAAAGCUCGCUCCGGCUCUCUACGCGUGGCAGCAGGAGGCGCAGCGAGAGAGAUUUGCCAAGUCGAGAGAUGUGCUGGAAGGUAGCGAGGAUGAAGAAGAGGAAGCAGUGAGUAGACGAAACCACUUCCCGCCCGUCGCCGCCGCAGCGCUUCUCCCUGAUUUGUGCUUCAUCGAGGUCUUGCUGAGUCGGUGGGACCUCGACAAACAACACGGAGAAAACCGCGCGAAAGAGUUUGCGGCGUACUUGCUGAGUAUGGUCUGGCCUUCGUCGGCGCUCCUGCUGUCAGCGUCGCCCGCGUUCGUCUCCAUCCCGCCGAGUCUCGCGCACUGCUCACUUUCUCUCGUGCUCCUCCUGGCCUUCUACCCGCACCCGGCGACGCGCGUUUCCCUGCUCGCGCGUGCGCCGCAGCCGCGAGGCGUUCAUGCGUCUCCGCGGGAAGCCGCCUUUUCGCCUUCCGGCUCCUCGACACUCUGCGCGGCCUCUGCGGUCUGCGGGGGAAACCUGGGAAACCCGAGGCCCGCAGUGCCCUUGAGAAGCUUCUCGCCGAGCGCGUUCUCUGGCUCUGUUUUCGACGACGUGAGUCUGACGCGUCGCGUGCCUGCGGCAGAGUCGAACGUGUUUGCGCUCGCCUUCUCGUGUCUCUUUGACGCGUCUCACUUUUCAAUGGAAAAAAAGGCUUCUCGGCCAGGCGACGAGCGCAUGCAGACUGGCAGCUCGCCGCGACAAGGCGAGCCGGUUCUGCCUGGGAGCCGAGCGGGGGCUUUCCCGUCUCUUCCGCCCUCGUCGUCCGUCAACUUCGAGGGACUGCUUCUCCAGCUGUGUUCGCCUUCGUCUCUCAGUCAUCCUCUCAAAUCUCUGCUCCUCUACCUCCUCCUCUGCCGCAACAGAUGCUUCCGGCUGUUUUGUCUCUCACGGAGCGAUAGUGAACGCCUCGUCAUCCCCCUCCUUCAAAUGCUGAACGCCCUUCCGCGUCUCUCGCCGUUUCCUCCGGGCGCCGAGACCGAAGCGAAGCGGGGCCCGCGACUGGCUGCUCCGCCGAUUGCGGUCAUUUGUGCGAUUUCGCUCAUGACCCUCAGCAAAGACAAGUCGUUCUGUUUGGAGUUGCAAAAAACCGUCGUCAAGGACAUCCCGUGGGACGAGAAGAAGAAGAUUGCCGACGCUUCGCUCGGGAGCCUGGUAGUCCUUGUCCUCCUCCGGCUUCUCUCGUGGAACAUCCGUCGGUGUGGAGAUGGGUUUUUCCUUCUUCUCUGCUCUUCCUCGCUCAUCAACAUCGCAGCUUCUGUCGAGCACCUGCACUGGUACGUGGCUGACCGCCUCGUGGACUACGCCGCGGCUUUGCUGCGACUCCUUGCGCGCCGUCUCGCUACGCUUUCUUCUCGCCACGCGGAGACACUUUCAGACGCGGGAGAUCCGCACCAAACGCUGGGAGAAGAUGCAGAAGGGCGAGAGGCCGAUCUGAGCGCGGAUGGCAGGAAUCCUGCGGCUGGUCCGAGGAGAGACAACGGAGACAGAAAGAGACGACGGGAUGCCGAGGACAUUGAAUUCAUCACCCUCGCGUGCCGGUCCGUUCUUCAGUUUCUCUCGGUUGCUCUGCGCCCGCCGCUCCUCUCUCGCAAUCUGUCGUUGCUUUUCGCGCUGUUGCGGCUCUUCCCCGUUUCCACAGCGAAGGCGCUCCUCGGGCACUUUGCUGUCUCAUGGGCAGCUGCAGAGCGAGGAAACGUGGCCGUAGAAGAGCGCCAAUGCUCUCUGGCGUCUCCCGUCUCUUCCCGUGACUCGCUCCUUUCUUCUCUGCCACAGUCGGCGCGUGUCGCUGGCGAUGGAGACGCACCAGACUGCGGGAAAAGGCCCGAUGAGGACCGAGAGAGAGGGGGGCGAGGCCAGAGCGAAGAACGAGAGGAGCAGGCGACCCCUCUCUCUUCUCGCGUUUCCUUUGAGGCGGCAGCCGUCGUCGCGCGGAUCGCGCUGCUCAUUGGGCCCGAAGUCCGUCUCCUUCUCGAUCUUGUCGACGUCUUCUCGUCUUCAAUCGACGAUGCCAUCCGCGAAGGCUCUGCCGUCGAGGAAGAUGGGGAAACGAGCCGCCGCGUCGUCGAGCAGCUGGUAGCCAAGAUUCCGCCCCCAGGCCACGACUUCGCGCGUUUCCCGAGCACGCACCCGCGCUUCCUCUGUGCGAACGGCGGAGAAGAGUGUAUGCAUGGCGAAGAGGGGCGAAAGCGGCGAAUGGACAGGUUGAAAGAGAGUUUCCUCGCAUGCGCAACUCCUGGCCGACCGGACUUCGUGGAAAGUUGGGGAUCCUCGUGCUUCUUUUUGCCGCUUAUUUGGCAAUCCAUCGACGCCCUCACGCCCGACGCAGUCUGCUGGGACCGGUCCGUCUACGCGGCGCCACGGGAGUGA